AUGAAAGAUGAGCUACAACAGACCAGGCUCGAAGAGAGUCAUAAUCAAAAGGCACUGCAACAUGAAAGCGAGAAGAUUUCAGUCAUUUUUACUUUAAAAAAUCAAAUUGGUGGGCUUGUAAAGGUCCUAUCGGUCUUCCAAGACUUGGGCAUAAACGUGCUCCAUAUUGAAUCUAGAAAAUCUGUGACGGAGAUAUCGGCAUCUGAUAUUCUGGUGGACGUUGAGUGUGAUCCUCGCAUAAUGGAACAAUUGAAACGCAUGCUUAAAAGGGAAGUGCAGCAGUUCGAAGUUAUUGGACCACAAGUUGGGGAGGAAUUUCCACCCUCAACGCCGCUAUCUGCUGCUACCAGCUUCGAUUUCGGUGAAAUGCCAUGGUUUCCGCGGAAAAUUUCUGAACUUGACCGGGCGCAAAAUGUGCUCAUGUACGGCUCGGAACUGGAUGCUGAUCAUCCCGGUUUUAAAGAUCCUGUCUACCGAAAGCGUCGAGAACAUUUCGCUGCGAUUGCAAACAACUAUAAAUAUGGCCAGCCUAUCCCAAGAGUACAGUACACAGAAACAGAGAUCAAGACAUGGGGCAUCGUUUUUCGUGAAUUACACAAACUAUACCAGAAGCACGCUUGCGCAGAGUAUCUUGAAAAUUGGCCCCAACUCGUUAAAUAUUGCGGCUACAGGGAAGACAACUUACCUCAGCUGGAGGAUGUGAGCGUAUUUCUUAAACGUAAGACUGGAUUUCAACUGCGCCCAGUCGCGGGUUACCUGUCCCCCAGGGAUUUCCUUUCUGGUCUUGCCUUUCGUGUCUUUCAUUGCACCCAGUACAUACGCCAUUCAUCUGAUCCUUUUUACACACCAGAGCCAGAUUGCUGUCAUGAACUUCUUGGUCAUAUGCCUUUACUGGCUAAUCCAAGUUUUGCCCAGUUCUCUCAAGAGUUAGGACUGGCAUCACUUGGCGCUUCUGACGAGGAUAUCGAUAAAUUAGCGACGCUUUAUUUCUUUACUGUGGAAUUUGGGCUUUGUCGUCAAUUUGAUGGUUCAUUCCGAGUAUACGGUGCUGGCUUGUUAUCGUCGGUCGCCGAAUUGCAACACGCUCUCGCAAACCCUGAAAAAAUUAAACGUUUCGACCCUGAUGUUACCGUCAACGAAGAGUGCAUUAUUACAUCGUAUCAAAAUGCUUAUUACUACACAGACUCCUUUGAAGAAGCUAAGGAAAAAAUGAGAGCUUUCGCUGAAAGCAUACAACGACCGUUUGGAGUUCGUUACAACCCGUACACUCAAAGCGUAGAAGUUCUUAGCAACGCGCAGAAGAUAACGGCAUUGGUACGCGAGCUGCGCGGUGAUAUUUGUAUUGUCUCAUCGGCUAUUAAGAAAAUUUCAGCCCAGGAUUCUACGCUGGAUGUAGAAACUAUUGCAAAUUUGCUGCAUACAGGCCUUCAGGUGAGUGAAAGGAGCCCUCAGAGUACAUCAGGUAACAGCUCACCCAACUCAGAUCAUAGUGUCGCGGCACCAAAAAUUCACAGGCAGGCU